AUGCGUGGUCUCGUACAGUCCCGGUCGCUGCGUGCUCUGGCCGCCGGCUUGGGGGCAAAGCCGCCAUUGAGCGCAUCCUGUCAGGCAGCUGCUUGUAUCCGCCACGUCCAUCACCAAUCCGUUCGCAUUCCCCCCAUCACCUCGUCACAGUCCCGUCGUCGGCCGAUUCUGCGGCCAGGGCAACAUCCCACGGCAGCGGCGACCCGAUCCAUCUACAUCCAGACACAGCCGACGCCCAAUGCCUCGGCGUUGAAGUUCCUCCCCAACCACCCCGUCCUGCCGCAAGGGUUUUCCUCGACGUUUUUGGAAUACAACUCUCCGCGGUCGACCGUGUCCGCGCCUCACCCCUCGCCCCUCGCGGCGCGACUGCUCGAUAUCGAUGGAGUCACAUCGGUCUUCUACGGUCCAGACUUCAUCACGGUGACCAAAGCGGAGGAUGUCAACUGGGCGCACAUCAAACCCGAGAUCUUCGCGUUGAUCACCGAAGCAAUAACAUCAGGCGAGGCACUGGUAAAUACCGUGGAGAAAUCUACGUCGUCGGAAGACGGACAAGAAGGUCUCGGCGAAGAUUCAUUGGCUCCCAACGACGAGGAUGAUGAGGUCGUUGCCAUGAUCAAAGAGCUACUGGAGACACGCAUCCGGCCGGCGAUCCAAGAAGACGGAGGGGAUAUUGAGUACCGCGGAUUUGAGAAUGGGAUGGUAAACCUCAAACUGCGGGGAGCAUGCCGGACGUGUGACUCGAGUACAGUUACGUUGAAGAAUGGGAUCGAAUCGAUGCUGAUGCACUACAUUGAGGAAGUCAAGGGCGUCAACCAGGUGUUGGACGAAGAGGAAGAAAUUGCCAUGAAGGAGUUUGCCAAGUUUGAGGAGAAGCUCCGACAUCAAAAAGGACCUGAUGCGGCUCCUUCGACUGUGGGCAAGGGCAGUCUCGACUUUGCCGCAUGA